UGACAGUCACGAUGACAAUUUCCAUGCUGAUUAUUUAAAGCUCUUAUAGUUGGUGCUGCCAACUAAGCGAUAGCCAUACUGGUGUUGAAACUCAGAGAAGCAGCAUGUCGAAGCAAGGUUUGGUUGAGCGUCUGGCAAAUGGCGGUGAUCUGGUUGUGGCGGAGGGGUAUCUGUUUGAGUUUGAGAGGAGAGGAUAUCUCAAAGCGGGAGCGUUUGUUCCUGAGGUUGUACUGGAACACCCUAACUUGGUGAAGAACCUCCAUGAGGAGUUUGUCCAUGCCGGCAGCGAUGUUGUCCUAGCCUUUACGUAUUAUGGCCACCGGGAAAAGAUGAGAUUAACAGGAAGAGAGGACCAACUGGAAGCUCUCAAUGUGGAAGCGCUGAAGAUUGCCCGACAGGUGGCCGAUGAGACGGGGACGUUGAUGGCGGGGAACAUCUGCAACACAACAGUCUUCAGACGGGACAGCCAGACUCAUAUAGAGCAGACCGAAGCCAUGUUUAAAGAGCAGGUGGAGUGGGCGGUGCAGGGAGGGGCUGAUUUCAUCCUGGCAGAGACAUUCAGCGAGUAUCCAGAGGCAAGACUUGCCCUCGAUUGCAUCCAGAAGUAUGGCCAAGGUAUCCCAGCGGUCGUCAAUAUAGUUCCCCACGUCAGUAGUAUAACUUUUGACGGACAGACCUUCGGUGCCGCUUGUCGUAAGCUGGAGGAUGCAGGGGCGGCGGCUGUAGGCAUCAACUGUUGCCGAGGUCCCACGACGAUUAUUCCUGUGAUAAAAGAGAUACGCCAGGCGUGUAAGGGUCCAAUUGCUGCUCUGCCAGUUAUAUACAGGACAACUCCGAAGUUCCCGUCCAUGCAAUCACUCCUUGAUCCAUUUUCCGGUGAGAGAGCCUUUCCUUAUGACCUACCAGCGUUCUUCUGUGGUCGGUCUGAGGUAUAUGCGUUCGCCAAGGAAGCCAAGGAGAUCGGGGUGCAGGUCGUUGGCUUGUGUUGCGGGAACAGCGCCCAUUAUACCCGGGAGGUGGCUUUAGCCUACGGUCGCACUCCACCGGCAGCAAAAUACUCUCCCGAUAUGAGUCAGCAUUUCGUGUUCGGGAAGAACAAGGCCUUUUCGGACUACUACCAGAAGGGUCUCAAGCAAGAACUGCUGACUACUGAAGUCCCCGAGUAGUGGGUUCUGAACCGGCAGGAGUCCAGGGGGCGUGACGUCUGUCACUCCAGUUACUAUUCGCCAAACUAAUUGCAAUUUUGAUCAAAUGUGACAAAUUAUUAACUGCAAAUCUAUACAAAUUGAGUGGAAAAGGAGUAUAUUACUUGACAGACUGAUCACCCUUCCAACUGUGUACACAAGAUAUCACGUAAAUUGAGGCCAAUCCCUCCUCGAUGUAAAUAUGAUAAGACCAUAAUUUGAUUAAUAAAGAAACAGAUGUUCGGCAAAAUUUGAA